AUGAUUCAUAAUUCAACGCCUACCACUAUUACAACUUUGAAUAUCAUCAUCAUGACCAAGUUUAUUUCACUGUUUUGUAUCGCUCUUAUGGCAGUAGCAGUAUCCUCUGCUACGCAACAGACCAAUGGAGAGCCUGGUACCGCACUCAAGCGUAGCGAAGACCCCGAUGCUCUAGCACUCAAGCGUAGCGAAGACCCCGAUGCUCUAGCACUCAAGCGUAGUGAAGAACCUCAUCCUCUAGCACUCAAGCGUAGCGAAGAGCAUGUUAAUGUUGCGGGUAAGCGUGAUUCUAUCAAGCGUGAUGGUAUCAAGAAUUUUAUCAAGCGGGGUCGGGCAUACAAGCGAAACGGUGAGAAGGCCCAUGAAUCCGGAUCACAAAAAGAUGUCACGAUGUAG